AGCUCGCUCAUCAUCGCAUGAUAACUGUCUCGCGGCUGUCACCACGCCCAGGAUCUCACAUACGAAGAUUCGCUCUACCCCUGCCGACGACAGAAUCGGACAGCCAAAAUGGCCAGUACCACCAAUGAAAACCCUCUUCGAAUUGCCAUCAUCGGCGGUGGCAUCGCAGGCGUGACGCUCCUCCUGGCCCUGCUCAAACACAGCUCCCGUGAAAUCAUCGCACCCCAUCUCUACGAAGCCACCCCCGAGUUCUCCGAAAUCGGCGCGGGCAUCGCUUUUGGCUCAAACUCCAUCCGCGCCAUGGAGCUGAUCGAUCGCGACAUGGCAGCUGCCUAUAACAAGCAUGCCACGUUUCAGCCAGACACGGGCGCAUUGGAGAAGAAACUCUGGUCCAGUUACCGCAUGGGGAUGGACGGGCGCGGGUCAAACACUCUCAAAGCAGGGGAUUAUAUCCACGAGGUACAUGCCUCUGUGGCGAGGAGUAGUGUUCAUCGGGCACGAUUCCUCGAGGCCAUGACGGCGCUACUUCCGACCGGAUACGUGAGCUUCGGGAAGAGAUUGACUUCUAUCGACGAUGUGGAGGACGGAGUCACAGUACACUUUGCAGACGGAACUUCGGUUACUGCUGAUGCGGUUAUAGGCUGCGAUGGGAUCAAAUCUCGAGUGCGGCAGAUCCUGCUCGACGGGGAGGAAGAAGCCAAUGCUGUUUUCACUGGCAAAUAUGCCUAUCGGGGUCUGAUCCCAAUGGAUGAAGCAGUGGGGGCGCUGGGGGAAUAUACUGCGCGCAACAACCAUUUUCACUGGGGGUACGACGGGCAUCUCCUGACAUUCCCGAUCGAGCAUGGCAAGACGAUGAAUGUGGUGGCCUUUCGGACGAAGCCGAAUGGUGUUUGGGAACACGGGUCACAGUGGGUACUACCGGGGAACAAGGAACAGAUGUUGCAGGAUUUUGAGGCAUGGGGACCAGAUGUCAAAGCUAUUCUAUCAUUGAUGCGAAAUGCGGAUAUUUGGGCCAUGUUCGACCAUCCCCCUGCAAAGAGCUAUCACCGAGGGGGUCGCAUCUGUAUCAUGGGGGAUGCUGCUCACGCGAGCACGCCUCAUCAAGGGGCCGGAGCAGGAAUGGCGGUGGAGGACGUGUAUAUUCUGUCGCGACUGCUGGGGAAAGUUCGUGAGAAAGGCCAGUUGGAGAGAGCAUUCGCGGCAUAUGAUGCCGUUCGACGGCCCCGGACACAGAGACUGGUGCGUACAAGUCGGGAUGCUGGACGGCUGUACCAGUGUCAGAAAGAGGAGGUGGAGGAUGAUGUUGAGAAGAUCCGGGCCAAUUUGGAUGAGCGGAUGCGAUGGAUCUGGGAUUUGGACAUGGAACAGCAUUUGGAGGAGGCGCUGAGUGUGUUUGCCAACUGAUGCUUUCCUUUUAUCCCUUUUGUUGUCAAGCGAUCCAUCAACCAAGCAUCCAACACAAAUAUCACCCUCAUCAUAUCCCAUCCCUCACAU